AUGCCUGCCCGUCCCACCACAUGCUCCUGCAAGCCUCGCCGCAACAUCUCCAUCUCCCGACCUUUCCGCAUCACACGCCUGCGCGUCGAUGAAGCGUGCCCCAACGGACCCGCACAUAUCGGCAACAAAGGCUACGCGGCAAGUCUACGGGCGGUGGCCAGUGGAGGACGAGGGAUGAUCGGUACUGAUGUGUCUUCGAACAAAACGGUUGUUUGCCGCAUGCAGAGCGGGGACGGGGAAGAGAUUGUGGGGCGUGGUGGGAGUGUUGAAGUGCAAGAUGAGGCGGAAAAGCAAAGGCACUUGGAUGGUGGGAAGAGGGUGUGCGGUGUUGUUUAUGGGAGUCUGGAGGUUUGA